AUGUCAGGCCAAUGCGAACAAUGCAAACAACCGAGCACCCAAAAAUGCUCGAAAUGCAAACUAGUCUUCUAUUGCUCCGCCGACCACCAAAAAGAGCAUUGGAACGAGCACAAAAAUAAUUGCAGAUCUUACGAGAUUUGUAGUAACAUCGAAUUGGGCCGGUAUUUAAUCGCCAGAAGAAACCUAGAAAAAGGCGAAAUCAUUUUUGUGGAUACUCCUAUUGUGGUAGGACCUCGGCCUCAUAAAAUAGACCGGGGCCCUUUUCCUUGUGUAGGUUGUUGCAAGUUGCUUCUGGAUCAAAUGGCCUCGUGUCCGGAAUGCGGAUGGCCUUGUUGCGAUCCUGAAUGUCCGGAUCUUAAAAAUCCUCAAAGGCACAGUUUGGAAUGUCAAGUUUUGAAGUUGAGAAGUUUUAAGCCCGAUGGAUCAACAACUAGUCAUGAGUUUUUCAGAUUUGAUGUGUUAAUUAUAUUGAGGGCUUUGUUUUUGCAAAAAACCAACAUUAAGAAAUGGGAAGCUCUGCUUAAUCUUGAAGAUCAUUUGGACGAUCGAGGGCCAAAAAGUGACAUUUUCAAGUCCAUUCAAGAAAAAGUCAACUUCCUACUGGAAAACUACAUAGCCCCAUUGAAACUCUACGAAAAAGAAACCGACCAAACAAUUCUACCGCAAGCCUCCAACGACAUCAUCCACAAAAUCUACGGCGCUUUAGAUGUGAACGCUACAGAACUCAUCGAGCCAGCAGAUUUAUACGUUUUAUAUCCAAUUGCCAGCUUAUUGGAGCACAAUUGUGCCCCGAACACUUGCCAAACUACAAAUAAUCUGGACUACAAAGUAACUUUCCGUGCAGCUGUGCCUAUUAAAAAAAACGAGCACAUUACUACAACUUAUACAAAUAUUUUGUGGGGCACACAAGAACGAAGAAAACAUCUUAAGGAAACAAAAUACUUUUUUUGUCUUUGCAAUAGAUGCAAGGACCCUACUGAAUUCAAUACAUUUUUCAGUGCUUUAAUUUGCCUUGGCAAUGAUGACGAAGGCUGUAAAGGUAUUCAAUUACCUCAAAACCCCACUCAAGACAAUCCAGAUUGGGUUUGCAACAAAUGCAACAUCAAAUUGCCCAAUGGGGAAAUCAGUAAUUUUGUGGAGCAUCUUAAAAAGGAAGUUGAUAAGGAAAUCGACAAGAAACCUAAGUUGGAGGAGCUGGAAGAGUUUUUAAACAAGUUGGAGGUGUUUUUGCAUGCGAAUCAUUAUCUGGUGUACACCAUUAAACAUUCUUUGGUGCAAUUGUAUAAAAUUGAUGGGGAAAUUGAAAUUUCUAAUGGGUUUUUACAGGACAAAUUGAAAAUGUGCCAAGAGUUGAUUGAUUUGACUAAGAAGUUAGAUGCUGGUAAUACUAGGUUGGCUCUAUAUCUAGCAGUACUUCUCAAUGAGCAAUUUAUGGCAAAAUUCAAACAACUAACAAGAGAUUUCGAUCCCGAAAACAAACAAGCAAGUGAAGAUUUGAUUGAGGAAAUCACUAAAAUACUGGAAGAAAAUAAAAAUUGUUUGGAAUAUGAAAAACAGUUGGAAACUGGUGCCAAACUACUACAAGUGAUUGAGUUCAACGAAAUGAAAUUCAAACAAUGGAUUAUGGAAAAUUCAAUAAACUUGUAA